CCGCUCGCUCCCUCCCGCUGCUCCCCGCUGCGCAGAGCGCCGCGCCGGCGGGGGUAUGGAGAGCCAGCGCUGCUUCGCCAACCGCUUCGAUGACUACCCGGGCAGCCCGGCGGCAGCGCCGGACAGGGAGGCGGCGGUGCCGUUGGUGACGGCCACCAUCGAGCGCAUCCUGCGGGAGCUGCCGCCCCUGGGCGGCCCCCGCGGCUGCCAGGGCGGGCUAUACGGCGGCGUGGCCGGCGUGGCCUACAUGCUCUACCACGUCGCGCAGUGCCCGCUCUUCGCGCCGUCGCGGGAGGCCUAUCUGCGGGCGGCCCGCCGCGUCGUGGACGCCUGCCUGCGUUACCAGGAGGGCAGCGGCGAGGUCGACGCCGACACCCGCGCCGCCUUCUUGCUGGGCGGCGCCGGGGUGUACGCGGUGGCGGCUCUGGUCUACCGCGCCCUAGGGCUGCCCGACUUCGCCCGGCCGCUGGACAAGUUCCGAGAGCUGAGCGAGGUCUGCGCCCCGCUCUCCUUCCUCGAGUGCGGCUCCGACGAGCUCUUCGUCGGCCGCGCCGGCUACCUGUGCGCCGCCCUGGUGCUGAAGCAGCGGCUGGGCAUGGAGGUGCUGACCUCAGCACAAAUAAAAUCAAUUUGCCUGGCCAUACUAGAAUCAGGAAAGCAGUAUGCAGUGAAGAAGAGGAAACCAUUCCCUCUCAUGUAUUCCUACUAUGGAACAGAGUAUCUUGGUGCAGCACAUGGACUUUCAUCGAUCCUUCAGAUGUUGCUUUCUUACUACGAGUACCUGCAGCCAGCAGAUCAGGAGCUUGUGUGGCAGAGUGUUGAUUUCCUUAUGGACCAAGAACAGAACAGCAACUGGCCUCCUGAGCUGGGAGAGACAAUUGAGCGGGAGAAUGAGCUUGUACACUGGUGUCAUGGCGCUCCAGGCAUUGCAUAUCUGUUUGCCAAAGCCUACCUGGUUUCCAAGAAGCCUCAAUAUCUGGACACUUGUAUCCGCUGUGGAGAGCUAACUUGGCAGAAAGGCCUGCUGAAGAAGGGACCUGGAAUCUGCCAUGGAGUGGCUGGUAGUGCUUAUGUGUUCCUGCUGCUGUACAGGCUCACUGGAAACUCAAAAUACAUAUACAGGGCACAGAGGUUUGCAGAGUUCUUAUUUACAGAAGAAUUUAAAGCUGGUUCCCGGGCAUUAGAAAGUGUAUAUAGUCUGUAUGAAGGCUUCUCAGGAACCGUGUGUUUCCUGACUGAUUUGCUGCAACCCAAUCAAGCUGAGUUUCCUCUCUUCAGUGUCUUUGUCUAGAGAGAACAUCCUGCAGGGCCACAUCUUAGUGGCGAUGGGAGAGGGCACUGCGGUUUCACUUAUUUGUCAAGAGAGGCUAUUUACAAAACAAGCCAGUGGUACCACUAAUGCUAGCCUUAACAUAGCUGGGAAUCAGCUGAAAAAGAAAACACAUUAGGGCUUUGGGAAGGAAGUGUGUGGUCAAAAAACAAAAGGGACAGUGAAAAAAAUACAAAGGGGGGGGGGGAAUGCUUGAAUCCAGUGGGGUAAAUAUUUAGCUGUAAUAAGCAAAACUUAAUUAUUCAAGUGACAGAUAAAGGGGCAUUAUCAAACCUUUCAUUUGGUGGUUACACAGGACUGAAAAAAAAAGGGGGGGCUGAAGGGGGUAAAGCUAUAAUUAUGGGAACAUGUCAAGAAGAAACACUGAUGUGUUCAGUAGAUUUUAAAUGACACCUGUAAAAGCAAGUCUUCAUGCAGCGAUGCUCUUAUUGGGGAGGUUGUCCUAGACAUGUCACUGCACUGCACAAAGGCACAAUCUGGGAUUUUUAAACCUAAACCACACCUGCUAAUUCUAGUAACAUGUAUUAGAAGUGCCAGUAUCUUGGAGCUCUUUAAUCUUCAUAUACACAUAAAGUUAUGUAGAUAGUUAUAUACUGAGCCAGCAGUUUCAUGGGUUCAUUUCAGCUAGUGGGGUUUCAUAUAUGUAGGUGAGGAGUGAACCUGAUGCUUCCUUUCAGAGCUCAGUCUGCGGUGAGGAGCUGGUCUCCUUACAGAUUUGCUGUAACCACAUCACUUCUUGUCAGUACUUCCCCUAUCACAGGGAAGAUGAGUGAAGCCAUGGAGAAGCCUUGGAUUGAAAAGUUCUAUAGCAAGGAUACAGUAGGCAGAUGCUUUCUUCACAGCACAACGUUACUAGAUAAGUAUUGUUCAGUAAUACAAAAGCUUCCUUUACAAAUUAAUUACUUACAGCAGCAUUUCUGAACAAGGACAUUCAUCUUUCAGAGAGUGGAAAAUCCAUUUUCCUUGGUGAACUGUUGACUGCAAACCCCUGUAAACUGAAUUCAGACCUUGGAUGGCACACUGAUCUUAAGAAAAACCCUGAUAACAAACUUCCAAAUUGCUUCUUUUCCCAGUUAACUAAUGGAUGUGCCCUGAUGAUUUGUAGCUGUAGAAACAAAUGGGUUGCUCAGCACUAGUUGCACUAGCACUUAAGGUUGCCAUUAUAUGCUGAUUUAUAUGUAUUAUAUAUGCAACAUGGUACUUGAAAGCUAAAGAAAAUGCUAAAGUCGAUUUGUACCAAAACAACUAUAAAGAUCAAUAUCUGUAUUUAAAAUGUAUUUAUUAUUUAUUGUUAUUUAUAUGGGAAUAAUAUAAUGCAAUUAUUUUUAAAGACAGAUUGGGAAGACCAUUACUUCAAAAACUGAAGUUAGGGAAGGGAAAAUAACCCUGACCUCCAUGCACUGCCAAACAAUGCAGUCUCUCUUCCUGUAUUCUCAGCUGAAGAAGAUUACAAUUUCUUUAUUUUUAAUGCCUAAUGCAUUAAAAAGCUCAUUUCAUUUCAGUGGGCCUUGAUCAGGCUAUAAAUUGAAGCCAGGUCUUGCAAUCCUUCCACAUUUUAGUACAGUAAUCCCAUUCCUACUCUUAUCACUGUUAUUUUAAUGAGAUGGCUUGCAUUAUUAUGAGCUGCAGAUUAGGAUUUCUGCUAUUUUGCCUUGCACUGCUCAGUUCUAAUUAAUUACUUACUCAUAAAAGUAACCAUAUUUCAUUGGUGGAUAAAGCAAUGCAGUUCUGUAUCAGUUUGUUAAGAAUUCAGGAAUUCUUUGGUGAAUAGAAAUGUUAAAAUUCAAUUUACAGUCAUUGUGUGUUUAUUAACUGUGGGAUAAAAGUUCUUCUAAGAAAUCCAUUGAUGCCACUUAGUUACUCUGAACAGUGAGAUGUGUACACAUAGGAGGUUGUAUGUCACAGGAAGGUAUACAUGUGAAACUUCACCAAAAAGUCAGUGGAGAUGUGUACAUGCUCUGCCCUGACCAUGCUGAAAUGCUCCUGUGAGAUCAGAGCUAUGGCAGCUGUCAGUAGUGAAGAUUUGAAGUCCAUUAUGACUUUUUUUCUACCUGCUUCCUGUAAUGCAGGUGGUUCAUAUUUCAUAUCUGGAACCUUUCUAAACAUUUAAGGAAGGUAAAACUUGUCCUGUCCGCUUUUUCCCCGUGGUCAACAGCUUUUCAGUCUCAGCUUUUACUGUAGUGUGGUGCCACUCAGAUGAAACAUCUAAGUUACAACAGUUGUGCCAUAGCAUCUAGAUAGCUACUGUACCUGUAUUCUGUUUUACAGAGAAAUAGAUUCUGCCAUAAUCCAGACUCAGGCCAAUUCUUUUUUAUUGCCAAUUCUUUUCAUUUAGAGAUGCAAACAUAAAACAAAAGCACUGUGUUUUAACCACACCCUCAAACCCCCUCCCCACAACUCCACAUUGAAGCCUGAACAGAAUUUAUACAUACCAGAAUAGUAACCAUGCCCUUCUGAUCUUGUCCCCAGUGCCUACUUUUUAAUUACCAGUGGGCCACAACAUUUAAUUUGUUUCCAAUUUGGUAUUUUUCAGGAGAUGCUUGAAGCAGAUAAUCUUUCCCAAAGCCUCAAAUAAACGUAGAGCACAAUAAAUUGGUACAGUAACUUAAAACCUGACUGAGUCAUGAAUGCUUAUGGUGUAACAUAUAGGCACAUACAUGCAUCUUGGAAAGUCUUGCAACAUAAUUAUCCAUCUGUCUCAUCAGAUGUGGCAGUUUGAGCUCAUUCUUAAGAGCUUUGUGGAUUCUGUGAUUCUUACCUUGCCUGGCUGGGUGAAGGUGACUGCUAGACAUGCUGUAGUCACAGCUUCUGAGCACACUGUAAAUACACUCCAAGGCUCUUGUGAAAAUGUCAGUCAUUAAACAAGCAGGGUUUUGGGUUUUUUUCACCAAUUCUCUAUCUGCCAUUCUCCCCCCCCUCCUUUUUGUCCUGUGUUACAUACACACUGUUGCAACCUUUAUUUGUGGCUUUUAAGACAUGGACAGGAAAGCAACCUGAGCAGAGCCGUCAGCACUUUUCUGAGUAAUAAAAAAUAAGAUCCUUUGUGUUCCCUUCUUACUGCUUUGAGAAAUCAAUCAUGCAACCUUCACUGGACGUUGUCAGCAGGGUGCUGUCCUUCCUGAUCCCAAAUCAGGCCCUAAUAGACUGGGGGGAGGGAGAAAAGUAUUCCUGAGCAGAUUCUGCCAUGGUGCUGUGACAAAAGACUGUGACCACAAACUUGAGAAGCCUCUCUCAAAGUGUAAAACAUGAGUUACUAUGGCAUGUUUGCACAUUAGUUCCUUGAGUGUGUUUAGUUUGUAAAGUGUAGGCAAUAGGAAUUUAAGUGAUGUAAUAGUAUUUCUGAUUCUGCUGUUGAAGAAAAGAAGAUGCAUUGUGUGAGUAUUGGUGCUUAUUUGUAAUGUAGUUGUGUUUGUGUGGUGCUGCUUGUGAGUAAAUCUGUAGAUUACAAAUCAAUUUAAAGAGCUUCUAUUCAUGAGGUUUUUUUGGUAGGUCAUCUAUAGAUUUUUUGUCAUGGAAUAAUCUGGGGGGAAACUAGAUCUGUAAUGUCCAGAUUUAGUGAUCUCAGGAUUCAUGGAGCCAGAUGCAAUAAGUCAACAGUAAAGUUCUAACGAAUAUAUCUUUAUUUUUUUUCUGCUGCUCACAACUUCUGAGCCUGAUUACAUCAUUUUAUGCCACUGUUUUCAGUAGCCUUGUCUGCAUCAUUGUCUCCUUUAGUUUCCCUGCCUUUCCCAAGUUAGGAAUAACUUCAGAAGACUGAAGCAACAGCCCAGGUCUUUUGUUCUUAAAAAUAAGAUUGAUUAAUUUUGCUUAAGAGAGGUGUUCCAUUUAUUUGCAUUACAUUAUUUUACACUCCCAGGUGGCCUCUUCUAAAAGGCUCAGCCAUUUCCCACCUCCUAAGGAAAAAUCAUUAUACAGCUGCCACUGAUGGUUUUACAUCAUUAAAUAAAAUAGACUUUCUAGGGAGCUUGUUGACUUCUCUAGUACCUCAGUUCUAGGAAGACAAUCAAAACAAAGUGAAAUGGCUAAACACCCCAAAAAUACCCACUUAAAUAAUUCUGGGAGAUGUGUACAAAUGAAUGCAAGUAAAAGAGCCACCCUGUUUACUGCUCUCUGAAAUUAACUAAUGCCACUUAGAUGUUCUAACAGUAAUUACACAGACAUGUAGAGAAUAUGCUAAGAGUAACUGAUUUCUUAAGCACUGUGGAAAAAACCACCAAAUUUUAUGUAUCUGAUGUGCAAACAUCAAUGAAACUUUUGGAUUUAUAUCAUUAUCUGCAUAUUAUAUAUAGCAUCUGCCAAAAUACUAUGUGGUUUAUGCAAAAAAAAAUGACCUAUUUUAGCAUAUGCAUACAUUCUGAGAAUAUAUCCUCAUGACCCAGACCUGUAAGAUCCAUGGAUAGAGUGUAUCUCUGAGGCCUGCCAAGUAAAUCUCAGGUGCAGUUAUCUUCUGCAUACUUGGAAUAUUCACUGGCAUGAGUGCAUAUUCUGUUCUGUAGGGAGAUUAGCAGAUCAGGAAUGAAAACUGCCCUGUAGGUUUUAAGGAGUAAUCUUCCCGUGAAGAAUGACAUUGAUAAGCAAUUACUGCCUACCAGCACAGUCUAGGUUGCUUUGAGAAGACAUUUCAGUUUAGAUAAACAUGUUCUGGAGUAGGUAGUAAGCAGCAAAAAGCUAAAUUGGAAAGAAAUAAGAAAGUGACCAAAAUUUACCUUACUGAGGGAACAAUGUACUUCAAAGCCAUAAGCCACAAUUUGCUCAGGGCCCACAGAACAAUACAGCCAUUUAGUGAUCUGAAUAGGCAUUUCCCAAGAGACUACUGCAGUCUGCUUCUUUGCACAGAUAGUGGUACAAGGUGCAUUGUACAGGUUUUAGCUGCCUUGAACAUCACUUCGUUGCCAUUACAGCAAUGUCAUCGUACCCUGAAAAAAAAAGUCUGUCAGUGAAGGAGUUGCCUGUAGAUGAAGCUGCAGCCUACUCCUACCAUUUAAUGGAAUAGAAGUGAUAUACACUAUCUAUGCGUAGGCACUUAAAAAAACCCAGAUCCAAAAAGCCAACAUGCACCAAUCUUUUGAUCUGCCUUUGAGUGAUUAAACCUCCUGAGUAAUUUGUUACUGUCACUGAUGUCACUGUUGCUCCUGUACUCUGUAUAUUUAAAAUUUCACAUCAUGCUUUGGAUAAAGCCAAUCUGCUUGAAAAUACAUAUGGCUCUAUUUAUUUUAAGCACUUAAGAGGGAGUCCCUUGACUUUGUUGGUUGCAUGACUCAAAGAGAAGGUGGAGGCACUUAGGUCAAGUACAGCAAUACCAACUGCAGUGGCAGAAGAUUAAUUAAGAACUUGUUUUGCCUAGUGGUAUAAUAUUUGGAUUAAAGAAUGCUCUGUUCAGCAGCAUCACUGCAUGACUACACGUGCAUACUCCCCAGAAAAUUUUGCAUAGAAGUCCUGAAGUCAAGUAUCCCAUAGUGAAUAGAAAACAAACCUUAUUUAAACUUGUUCUAGUGGGAGGUGUCCCUGCCUAUGGUGGGGGCUUGGAACUAGAUGAUCUUUGAGGUCCCUUCCAACCUAAACCAUUCUGUGAUUUAGUUCUACUUCAUAUGAAGAGAAAGACUGUCUGACCAGAAACUGAAUUGUGCUUCUGCCUUCAUUACCAUGACCACAGGAAAGAAGAAAGAUUUCCUCUAAUAAUGUCUGGUUUUGGCACUGAUUGGCCUCUUCUGCUCAUUUUAAGGACCUGGUCUGCCACCUGCUGAUGUCAGUGGUGAAUCUCCAUUUGAUGUCAGGCAUGCAAGGUUAGGUUAUUCCUCACAUGUGAAGCAGGGGCAAAACUCCAUCAUUCCAGAAUCCAAAUCUACAAUCUUCCCUUUUCCUAGUCUCACAGAACUAGAAAGGCUUGUGUUCUGGGUUAAGAGCUUUCCCCACCACCACUACUGAAAUUUAGCAGACUAGCUCAGAUGGCUUCAAAGUAAGAUGAAGCAAAACAACAUUUACAGGCAUAUAUGCACAAUAUAAGGAUUUGCCAUUACAUACAAAUAAAUAACACAGAAAUCCAAACUCCCUCCCAGGCAAAUAAAGCUGCCUAUAAGGGGCUCAAAGCUACCCUCUCUUCUCCCUCUACUUACCCAGACAGGCAAACAAAAGCAACCAGAAAGGCUUACGUUGUUAUUUGUUAGUGGAGAGAUUAGAGCAGAGUGAAAAGGAAGCUAAUAGGGAAGUGUCCCAGAGCAGAGUGGGACUGUUUAUUUACAUUUUGGCUUUUUAUCCCUCUCAGCAAACCAAUGAAUGAUACAGACUUUAUCAUUAUUUUCUUCUCACAACCAGUGAUCUAAUUUCUCUCAUUAAAAUAUUCCAACUAGCCUCAAACCAGCACAGGUUUGUGUGUAGAGCAAGAGGUGUUUGCAUAUGCAGGGCUCUAUUUGAUAGCAGUUUUAUACUCCUUUUCCUUCAACUUGUCUGCAAUAUACAUGAAUCCCAGUACCAGUAAAAAGUAUAGGGAACUUAAAUGGAUCUGUUUCAUGUCUAGUUUGUGUUGGUGACACUUGAUGAUUCAAUAUAUUCCAACGCAGGGCAUUUAUUUCUUGAGUACGUGCUGCACCCUACAUUGUUUUCUCAGUGUAAUAGCUAUUCACAGCCAUAACAUGGUACAGGCCCUUAGAAUCAAGAUUGAUUUGAUUCUUUAGAAAUGCACCUUAUUGUUUCAAAGCAGGGCCCCUGCUCUUCUGAUGUUUUCAACACUGUGAUCUUUCAGAAUGUGUUUAUCGUAUUAGUUUUGUAUUGUAGAUUAUAAUAGACACUAGAUUUUAUAGCUUUUUAAAAGCAGUGAUAAUACUAAGCUUCAUAGUGGCAGAACAAACUGUGUAUAUCCAUAUUAUGAAUAUUAAAGCUGUGAUUAUAUUUUGCCUUAAAUAAAAGCCUGACCUUGAACAA